AAAUAAUUGAUGAUAACAAAGACCGGUUCAAGGAUGUUCUACAAUAUAAAAACGAUCAAGGAAAAUACCCCUUUGCAUGUGGCAGCAUCAACAGGGAGUCUGAGUACGUGUAUCUGCAUUGCUGAAGCUGAUCCAUCAAUGGGGAAUGAACGUAACAGGGAGGGUAAGAGCCCUCUCUUCUUGGCUGCUCUGCUUGGUAGAACAGAGAUUUUCUUUCACCUCCAUUCCAUCUGUAGAAGACACCUAGACACAUCCUACUAUAGAAAAGAAGAUGGUGAGACAAUUCUACACUGUGCCAUCAAAAGGGAGUAUUGGGAUUUGGCAUAUCGGAUACUUCUCCUACACGGAGAACUUGCUACUUGUGUGGAUGAGAAUGGAAUAUUGCCGAUCCAUCUCUUAGCAGAGAAGCCUUCUGCCUUCCGAAGUGGUUGCCACCUUGGAUGGUGGAGCAUCAUCAUUUUUCAUUGGACACCGGUUGACGUGCCUAAGAAAAUUAAUAAGAGACUUACAAGACCAUUGAAUAAAAGGCGUGAACACAAAUUUCCUGAGAACUACCAAACAUGCGUCAGCUUCAUUCAAUUGCUGUGGAGGUGGACUAUAAUUCAAGUUGUGGCUAUUAUAGGCAAAGUAUGUGACAAAGUCAAAAAUGCAGAUGAAGAGAAUCCUGAAAGAUCGAAUGUUACUACUAAAUCGAGACAUAAAGGAUCCCAAAGUGAAGAUCAUAAGCACUAUUCAUUUUGGAAAUAUUGUUGCGCCCCCUAUAUGAUUAUCACAUUUGCUUGCAAAGGAAUAAAGCGCAUUCUUGGAUUUGGGGAAAUAAAGAAGAUAAAAGAGACGCACAGAUUGUCCGUUACGAUCAUGAAACGUUGUAUCAAACCUAUAAGCGUAGAGCACUACUUCGAUGGAGGGACGAACCCUUGGCUAACUAGAUAUGAAGAUGAAGACUUAAGUUUUAUUGCUGCAUAUAGGAAUAUUGUGUCGGAGUAUGAUAUACAUCCACUGGAAGAGAAAGAGACACCCAUAUUGUCUGCGGCAAAAAAUGGAAUCAAAGAAAUGGUUAUGGGAAUACUACACAAGUUUCCAAUGGCUAUCCAUGACGAAACGAGAGAUGGAAAAAAUAUAGUACUGUUGGCAGCCAAGUACAGACGAACACAAGUAUAUGAGCUAUUCCGCAAAAGCCAUUUACGGAUUGAAAGUAUGUUUCAUAAACUGGAUAAAAACGGGAAUAGCGCACUGCACCUCGCAGCUGAACAGCCUGAACUACGAGAGCAGAAGUCGGGCCUAAUUCCUGGGGCUGCAUUGCAAAUGCAAUGGGAGAUUAAGUGGUAUGAGGUAUGAAUAUAAAGUGCACUUUUCUUCUUUCUUUCUUUUUUUGGGAUAAAUAAAAUGAGUA